AUGGCUCUGGUUUGGAAGCUAACCAUCCCGCUGCCACCAUAUGUCAGCCUUCUACUAUUAUUUGGUUUCCUUGUCUGGGGGCUUUGGGUGAGGUUUUCUGGGAAGCAGAGUAGGGAGCAGGUGGCAGCCAAGACGCACUCAGAGACUUCAAAGCAGCAUAAACUGAAAAAGAUCCAGAAAUUCACAGGUCAGAAAGAUCCUAUUCUUCAGUUCAAGGCUAAAGAUCCACAGUGGGAAGAAAAUCUCAGGAUGGGUUGCACUGAAGCUAACCUGACAUGCUUUUCAGGACUCCCUAUGGGGUGGUCCCAGGAAUAUGUAUGCUGGUCAAUGGACAGGAGUCUUCAACAGAUCGUCCAACACCUGGAAAGUGCAAGAUCAAGUCUUAUGGAAUUGGGUUUGCCUGAACCACAGGAUAUGAUUUCUUCUUCCACCUCCUCUGUUUUUGUGGCUCAGGAGCCUGUUCUACCCUGUUGUGACUGUAAGAAGGCAAAACAUUCUUCUGACAGUAGCAUCUCCUCUGGAUCAUCCUACGACUCCAGCCUGUCUCACCUUCCUGUCUUUUCUGAAGGAACAACUUGGCAACUCCGGAGCCACAGUUUACCUAUUUUACCUCAAAAUCAACCUCCUCCUGUGUUCAGGAACCAAGGCACAUCCCUGCCUUCUUUUAGGCUCUCAGAGCUUGGGAAAUCAAAACUUUUUCAGAAUUUGGCAGCUCUUUCAUCCUUAAGACUUCAAAGCACUUUUAUCAACUCUCUUUUUGAAUCCCCAAAUCUCCACAAACAAGAAGAGAAAACAAAGGAUGAGAGAAGGAGCAAGAGUCAUUUGACAUCAGAUCAUAGACUAAAUGCAAUUUUCAAAGAGAGACCACUACUCUCAGGGUCAGCUCCAUUCCAGCUCUCUCCUUUGGCUAGGCGGGAGUUAGAGGGACAUAUGGCUUGGAAGGUUUGUACUUUGCAGGAACAAACAGUGCCUCUGCCUGUGAGGGAAUCAUGGGCAAUGCUGAAUUAUUUAACUGAGGUACAAGGAGGAGUCCCUGAACCAGAGAAACCUCAAAUCCACUUAUCUAUGCCCAUUCAUCAAAGCACUGAGCAUAAUAUCAACAAUGAAUCCCCAGACCUUCCAUCAUUUCAGCUUCACGUGAACGUUGGAGUGGAAUCUGGAUUAAACAGAACAGAAACAAAAAUUUCACAGACUCUUAUCCCAGGUAAGCAGUCACAGCCUGGGGAUGGCCCUCAAAUCCUUGGAUCCAGGCCCUUAAUGACAUCAAUGGGCACUCCACCUCCCAAAAGUUUAGGAGUCGACAUAGCUCAAGAGGAAACAACUUUACUGCCGAAGGACCCAAAACGUGUGUUAGAGCUUAGUGUAGAGCAGAGGGUCAUAGAUCUUCCAGAAAAAAGGAUACAGCAGCAUAAGACCCAAGUGACUAACGUGGAGCUGACCCCACAGCUACCAUAUCAAGUCAGAGAUAGCAUAAAGGUUACUCCACUGGCAUUACUUCAAGUCAUGGAUUCAAUGGGGAUGAUUCCAGAAUCACAGUCAGAAGUGAUAGAAACUGUGGGUUUGUUCCCACGGCCACCAAAUGAAGUUGUGAAACCAAUGGAAGCCACGGAAACAGUGAGUGUAAGCCAAAACCCAUCAUAUCAAGUCAUUAAAUCAGUGGAGGUAACCCCAGGAUCUCAGCAGCAAGUUAUGGAAUCAAGGAAGAUGACCUCAAGACAGCAGAAUCAAGUCAUAGGCAAUGUGAAGGUAACUCCUAUAGCAUUGCUUCAAGUCAUGGAUUCUAUGGGGAUGAUUAAAAAAUCACAUCCACCUAUCAUACAGUCAAUGGGAAUGACCCCAAGGAUGCAAUAUCAAGUCAUGGAGUCAAUGAAAAGGACCACAUUGUUGGACCAUCAAGUCAUACAACCAGGAAAGAUGAGUCCAAGGCUACGACAUGCAGUCAUGGAAACUGUGGAAAUGACCCCAGGGCCACAGCAUAAAGUUAUGGAAUCAGUGGAUGUAACAUCAAGGCCACAAAGUCAAGUCAUAGAACCACUGAAGAUUACUCCAGGGCCAAUAUGUCAAAAUGUAAAAUCACCUGAAAUGAUCGCCAGGCCAUUGCAUCAAGUGAAGGAUUACCUGGAAGUAACUCCAGUGACACUAUUACAAGCUAUGGAUUUCAUGGGGAUAAUUCCACCAACACAGUCACAUGUUAUAGAAUCUGGGGGUUUGACUCCAGACACACAUUCACAGUUGCAAGGUAUGGAAUAUGUUCAUUUGGCCCUACCAUCAGAGUUUCCAGGUAUAAAAACCGUGGAGUUGACUCUAAGACCAGUACAAGAAGAUAUGAAAUCUGUGGAGUUUGCCCCAAAGCCAUGGUUACAAGAUAUAAGAUCUGAGGAGACAGCUCCAGUACCAUUGCUUGAAGAUGUGAAAACUCCUCAAAUGGUAGAAAGUAGGAGGUUGAUUCCUGACACACAGGUAGAAGACAUGAAAUAUGAGGAACUGAUCCCAGGAGCACACAUUCAAGCAGUAAAAUCUGUAGAGUUGAACCUCAAACCGAACCAUCAAGUCACAGAACCUGAAGGAUUGACCCCAUGGCAUCAAGCUUCAGAAUCUUUAAGGAUGAUCUCAGAGCCAGGAUAUCCAGAAACAGAAGCAAAGUUUACCUCUGACACUUGUCACCAUGCAAAAGAAUCUAGGGGGUUGAUACAAUCAUCUUUAGGAAAUACCCCAGGGCCACUGAGCCAAGCUUCAGAAUUUAUGCAGAUGAACUCAAUGUCAUUCCAAGGUACUCCUCUUGAGCCAAUGUUCCAAAGUGUAAAAGCCAUGGGGGAUACUCCAGUGUCACAGCACACAAUACAAGAAUCUUUAGAGUUGGUACCAGGAUCAGAGAUGCAAGGUAUGAAAUCAAAGAUGUUGACCCCAGAGUCCCAAGGUAUGAAGUUUGUUCAUCUGAAUCUAGGACCAUAUUCAGAAGUUAUGAACUAUGAGGAGUUGAUCUUGGAACCACAAUUUCAAAAUGUGAAAUCUGUGCCAUUGACCUUAGAACCACAGUCCAAAAGUAUAAAACCUGAGGAUUUGACUCUAGGGCCAUUAAUGCAUGAUAAUUUUGUGGAUUUACACGUGCCACUGGAAGAAUCUAGUAGGUUAAUUCCUGAGACACAGUUACAGCAUGUUGAAUCAAGGAAAGUGACCAUGGAACCACAUUUACAAGGACUGAAAUCUGUGGGUCUAACUUCCAGACCAAGGCAUCAAGACACAGAGCCUGCAGAGUUAGCUGCUGAGAUCUGCCCACAAGAGGAAGAAUCUGUGAAACUGAUCCCACAGCUAGUCUUGAAAACUGCUGGGGUGAUGCCUAGGCCACAUUUUCAAAAAUUUUCAGAGAUGACUCUAGGUCAAGGCUAUCAAGAUACAGAAACUGUGAGGCUGACUUCUGAGGCUUUGCCCCAAGUAGCAAUAACACAAAAACCAACAGGUCAAGUUAGAGAAUCUACAGGAAUGACUCCUCUAAGGCCACAUCUUCAAGUUACAGAGUCAUCAGAGAUACCCCUAAGGUCAGAAUAUGAAAACACAGAAACUGUGGGGUUGGCAACAUUUCCAGUUGAAAACAUCCAGGAGGUAAUACCAGUACCAACAUAUUCAGAAGAAGGAUCUCUGGAGUUGACUUUAGGACUAGGGAUGCAAUAUGAGAAAUCAGAGCCACUACUGCAAAAUUUGAAAUAUGUGAAGUUAAUCUCUGAGUCAUCCCCAUUAGUGGUAGGAUCUAAACAGUUUAUUACAGGACGAAAACCACAUGUUAUGGAGUUGACCCCAGAGCCACAGCUCCAGGGAGUAAAGUCUAGGCAGUUGGAGCCAGAGCCAAAAUUACAAGAUGUGAAAUAUGUUAAUUUAAUUCAACAGUCAACUACUACCAGAGUGGUAGAAUCAGAGAAGCCAAUACAAGAGCCAGUGCUACAAAGCAUGAUAUCAGAGGAAUUGAGUAAGGAGGCACAGCUCCAAGGGCCACAGCUGCAUAGUGCAAGAUUUUCAGAGUUAUCUCCAGAGCUGCCACUUCAAGGAGAAAGACCUAUAGAUUUAAUCUCAGGGUCUCCACAUCAUGGUGUGAAAUCUGAUGAAUUGACCCCAGCUUCCCCAGUGCAAGAAAUAAAAUUGUCAGAUUUUAUCCCAGGACCAAAACAUCAAAGUGCUGUAUCUGUACAGUUGACUGCAGAAUCACAACCUCAAAGUAUGAAAUUUAUGGAACUAAACUCAGGACCAUGCUUGCAAGAUAUCAGAUUUUCUGAUUUGACCCCAGAACCAAAGCAUCAAGGUUUCAAACAUGUGCAGUUUAUACCAGGAACACAGCUUCAAGACAUAAAGUCCGUAGGAUUUGUAACAGAGUCAUCUUUGCAGUUAAGUCAAGGGCUCCCAGUUGAAAAUAUGAAAUCUGUUCUGUCUGUUGAAGGAUCACAGUUUCACAGCUUGAAAUCUGUCAAACUGACCUCAAAACUACAAUUUCAAGAUGUGAAAUCUGAGGAACUGAACCUAGGGCCAGGGCAGCAAGAUGUCAAAUUUUCUGAAUUGACUUCAGGGCCAAAGCUUCAAGGUGUCAAAUCUGGGGAGCAAACCCCAGGACCACUGUUUCAUAGUGUGACUUCUGUGGAGACAACUCUAGAGUUAGGGCUUCAAGAUUCUAAAUCAGCAAAGAUGUCUCCAGGGCUUCAAGGUGUGAAACAGGUGGGGCCAUGGCUACAAGAUGUCAAAUUUUGUGAUCUGACAUCAGGAACUCAACCUCAAGGUGUGAAAUCUUCAGAGUUAAACUCAACGCAACAACAACAAUAUGUGAAAUUUUUUGAGUUCACUCCAGAGCCAAAGAUGCAAGGAGUAAAAUCUAUGAAGUUGACCCCAGGACCUGAGCAGCAAGGGGUUAAGCCUGAGAUGUCAGUACCAGAGCCACUGUUUCAAGGUGUAAAAUGUGUGGCAGUAGACCAAAUAUCAAGCUUUGAAGGUGACAUUUCAUAUAAAUUAGUCUCAGAGCCACAGAUACCAGAUGCAAAAUCUAUGGAGUUGACUCCUGGACCGCAGUUGCCAAGUGUAAACUAUUCUGAGUUGACCAGAAGACCACAGUUACAAGUUGUGAAAUCUUCUGAAUCGAUCCAAGGAUCACAGUUGCAAGAUGUAAAACCUGUAGAGUGGAUCCCAAUCUCAAAGCUUCAAGGUUUACAAUCUGAGGCGCUAAUGCCAGAGCCACAGCUGGAAGAUACGAAAUCUGUGAAGUUAACACCAGGGCCACAUUUGGGAAGUAUGAAAUCUAUGCAGUUAACAUCAAAGCCACAACUGGGAAAUGUCAAAUCUACAGUGUUAACCCUUGGGCCACAGGUGGGAGAUGUGAAACCGGUAGAGGUGACCCCAGGCUCAAAACUUCAUGAUUUGAAAUCUGAGUUGUUGAUCUCAGAGUCAGAGUUGAAAGAUGUGAACUCUGUGGCCUUAACUCCAGGACAAUGUCCAAGAGGUAUGAAAUCUACGUUGCUAACCCCAAGUCCACAGCUGGAAGUUAAGAAAUCUGUGGAGAUAACCUCAGGGCCACAGAUAGAAGACGUCAAAUCUGUGAAACUCACCUCAGAUUCCAAGCUUCAAGGUGUGGAAUCUGAUGAGUUGGCUCUGGGUUCAAGAAAUCAAGGAUUAAAAACUGUGACGUUGGUCCCAAGGAUACAACUGCAAGAUGUGAAAGCUGUGGAAUUGAAACUUGGACAAAGGAUGCAAGAUGAGAAUUCUGUGUUUUUUGCACCAAGGUCAUUGCUCCAAGGGCCUCAACUGCAAGGUAUGAAACCUCAGGAAUUGACUACCGAGCCACAAAUGCAAGAUGUGAAAAUUUUGGAGAUAACCCCACGUUCAAAUCUUCAAAGUUUAAAACCUGUAGAGAAGACUCCAGAUCCAGAGCUGCAAUUUGUAAAAUCUGUGAAGUUGACCCCAACGCUAAAGAAGCAGGUAGUAAAAUCUGUGUUUGCAACCAGAAGACAAAAGUUUCAAGGAGUAAAAUCUGUGGAUUUAGCCCCGAGGCAACAGCUUCAAGAGAUGGAACUUGUGAAUUUAACUCCUGGGCCAAAACAGGUUGGUGAGAUAUCUGUAAUCUCACCAGAGCAGCAAUGUGUGAAUUCAGAGCCACUGAAGAGAGGGUCUAAGUCAGAAGAUGGGAUGUCUUGGGAGUUAACUCCAGAGCUAAAAUUUAAGGAGAGAAAAUUAGUAGAUCCCAACUUUGAGUUAGAGUUGAAAGGUAGGAAAUCAUUUGAAUUGAUUCUAGAAUCAAAUAUUCAAGGUGUAAAAUCUAAAGAGUUCAAACUUGAACCACAGUUGCAAAGUAUAAAGUCUCCCAAGUUGACCCCAGGACCACAGCUGCAACAAGUGAAAUCCUCAAAGUCAACUUCAGAGCCACAACUUCAAGGUGUGAAAACUGUGGAGUUAAAACAGGAGCCACGGCCUGAAAGUAUGAGAUGUAUUCAGUGGAUACCAGGACCUGAGUUCCAAGGUGUGAAAUCUGUAGGGUUAAAUCUUGAGUCACAGUCUCAAGGUGUCAAAUAUGUAGAGUUGAAAUCUUCAAUACAGUUAAGAGAUGUGAAGUCAUCUGAAUUGCCUCUGGGGCCAAAAAUUCAAGGUGCAACAUAUAUGAAGUUCAACCUUGGGCCACAGUCGCAGAGUGUGAAAACUCCUGAGUUAUCCCCAGGACCACAGCUGCAAGAAGGAAAAUUUUUGGCAUCAACCUCAGAGCCACAGCUUCAAGGUAUGAAAACUGUGGAGUUAAACCAAAAGCCACAGCUUGAAAGUAUGAGAACUGUUCAGUGGAUGCCUGCACCAGUGUUUCAAGGUGUGAAAUCUCUGCUAAAUCUUGGGUUGCAAUCUCAAUGUGUCAAACCAGCAGAGUUGAAACCUUUGAUACAGUUAAGAGAUAUAAAGUCAUCUGUAUUGACUCCAAGGCCAAAGCUCCAAGGUAUACAAUCUUUGGCAUCACUCCAAGAACCUCAGCCUCAAGGUCUCAAUUUGAAACCUUGUCUACAGUUUAGAAGUAAGAAAUCAUGUGACCUGACUUCCAAGUCAAAGCUCUGUGAUACAAAACCCAUGAUGUUCAAAUCUAGGCUUCACUUGCAUGAUGGAAAAUCUCCUAAGUUGAUCCCAGGACCAUGGUUUCAAGAAGUGAAACCAUUACCGUCAUCCCCAGGAACACAGCUUCAAGGUGUGAAGUCUGUAUUGCUUACAAAAGAGCCACAGUUUCCUGAGGUGAAAUCUGGGGUAUUAAGCCAAGAGUCACAAUUACAAAGUGAUAAAACUAUAGAGUUGAACUCCCCACUACACUUGAAAAGUAUGAAGUCAUCUGAGUUGACUCUUCAGACAGAGCUUCAAGGUGUAAAAUCUGAGGAUUUCAACAGUGGGCCACAGUGGCAAGGUCUAAAAUCUUCUAAGUCACCACUUGAGACAAAGUCCCAAGAUAAGAAAUUUACUGAGUUAAUCUCUGACUCACAGUUGCAAGGUACAACAUUUUCUAAAUUGACUGUGGGGACAAAGAUUCAAGGUGUCAAAUCUACAGAUUUCAACCCUGGGUCAUUGUUACAAGGUGUGAAAUCUUCUGAGUUGAUACUGGGGACAAAGCUUCAAAAAGUGAAAUCAGUGGAAUUCAAGUCGGGUCCACAGUUGGAAGAUAUGAAAUCUUCCAAAUUAAUCACAGGUAUAAAGCUUCAAGAUGUAAAAUCUAUGAAUUUCAGGUCUGGACCAAACUUGCAGGGUAUGAAAUCAUCUGAAGUUAUCCCAAGGGAAAAGCUUCAGGGUGUGAAGUCUGUAGAACUGAAACCUAGUCCAAAGUUACAAGGUGAGAAAUCUUCUGAUUUGACUCUGGGGAGGAAGUUUCCAGGUGUGAAAUCUGUAGAGUUGGACUCAGGCCCACACUUACGAGAUAUGAAGUGUUCUGAGCUGAUCAUGGGUAUAAAGCUUCCAGAUGUAAAAUCUAAGCGGUUAAGUUCUAGACCACACUUUCAAGUUAUGAAAUCUUCUGAAGUGAUCCCAGGGACAAAGCUUCAGAAAGCGAAAUCGGCGUUCAACUCUGGACCACAGACACAAAGUAAAAAAUUUUCUGAGUUGAUUCAACAGACAAAGCUUCAAGAUGUGAAAUCCUUAGAGUUUAACUGUGGACUGAAGUUACAAGGUGGGAAAUCUGAUUUAACCCAGAGGAGGAAGCUUCAAGGUGUGAAAUCAGUGGAGUUCAACCCUGGACCACAGAGACAGGGUGAGAAAUCUGAUUUGAUGCUAGAGUGGAGGCUUCAAGAUUUGAAAUCUGUUGUUCCAUGGUUGCAAGGUGUGACAUCUUCAGAGUUAACACCAGAGACAAAGCUUCAAAGUGGAGAAUCUGUGGAGUUCACCACCAGGCCAGUGUGGCAAGAUAUGAAACCUUUUGAAUUGACUCUUGGUACAAAGGUACAAGAUGUGAAAUCUUUGGGGUUUAACUCAGCUCCACAGUUACAAGACAGGAAAUUGUCUAUGUUGACACCAGAGGCACACCUUCAAGGUGUGAAAUCUAUGGAAUUCAACCCUGAGGCAAAAUUGCAAGGUGCAAAAUCUUCUGAACAUAUAAAGCUUCAAUUAAUGAACUCUACAGAGGUCAACCCUGGUCUAGAAUUUCAGGUUGCAAAACCCUCUGAGUUGGCCUUGGAGUCAAAGAUUCAUAGUGGAAUAUUGUCUGAGAUCAGUGGUAGAAAGCAGUGGCAAGAUGAGAAAUCUUAUAAGUUGAAUCCAUGGCCAGAACUUCAAAGUGUAAAAGUCAUGGUGUUCAAUCCUGGGACACAUUCGCAACAUAUAAAAUCUUCAGAAUUAUGCAAAGGGACAAAGCUUCAAGAUGUGAAAUCUUUGGAAUUCAAUCCUGACCAACAGUUGCAAGAUGUGAAAUCUUCUGAUUUUUGUCUGGGAACAAGGCUUCAAGGUAUUCAAUAUUUUGAGUUCAAUCCUGGACCACAGUUGCAAGAGGUAAAAUCUGAGUUGAGCACAGAAAUGAAGCUUCCAGAUGAGCAAUUUCUGGAAUUCAAGCAUAAGCCUAAAUUACAAGGUGGGAAAUGCUCUGAACAGAAUCCAGGGCCACAGCGUCAGUGUAUAAAUUAUAUGCCAUUCAACACUGGGUCACAGGUGCAAGAUAUAAAGUCUUCUGGGUUGAAUCCUAGUCCAGAGCUUCAAGGUAGAAAAUCUAAAGUGCUCUGCAUUGGGCCUAAUUUGCAAGGUGUGAAUUCUUCUGCAUUCAUUUCAGAACCAAAACUUCAGUGUGUAAAUUCUACUGGAUGCAACCCUGGGCCACAUUUGCAAGGCACAAACUCUUCUGAAUUAAAUUCCGUUUCAAAACUUCAAGGUAUGAAUUCUUCUAAGUUAAAUUCAGGGACAGAGAUUCAAAGUGAGACAUCUAUGGUGUUCAACCCUGGACCACACUGCCAAGGUCUGAAAUCUGAAUUGGGUCCAGGGUCAAAGUUUCUAAGUGUAGCACCCACAGAAUGCAAUCCUGGGCCACAGAUACAGUGUGCAAAGUCUUUUGAAUUGAAUCCAGAGCCAAAAUUACAAUGUUUAGAUUCUAUGGGGUGCCAACAUGGACCACCCUUGCAAGGAGCAAAAUCUUUUGAGUUGACUUCGGGGAAAACAUGUCAAGAUAUGGGAUCUGAGGCAAAUCCAGGCACAGAGAAUCAAUCUGAGACAUCUAUGGUGUUCAAUCCUGGACCACAUUGCCAAGAGCAACUGCUUGAAUAUAUAAAGUCUGUGAAGAUGAACAAAGAGCCAUUGCUUUGUGGUACAAAUUCUACGAAAUUGAUUUCAGACUUUGAGCUGCAGAACUUGAAAUGGAACGUGUUUGCACUAGAGCCACGUUUUCAAAAAGUGAAAUCUGUGGAGUUAAAUCCAGAGCCACAUCCUCAAGAAUCACAGCAACAAGGUGUGAAAUAUUUGGCGUCUACUCCAGAACCAAAGUUGCAAAGCAUAAAACAUGUAAAAUCUAGGAUCUUCCAGGCAGGAUCAGGGGCUCGAAGAGGCCUUACCUGGCCUGUCCUGGGCAGGCAACGGAAUGUCUGGGAGAGUCGCUCCUGGAGGCAGCGACUACCUAGAAAAUACCUCUCCAGUAUGCUAACGCUGGGGAAUGUCUUGGGGACCAGCAUGGAAAGGAAGCUUUAUUCUCAAACAUCUUUAACAGAAAGAGCCACUGCAGAUACCUGUCAAUCUAUUCAGAAUUUAUUUGGGGUUCCAGUUGAAUUGAUGGAAUUUUCCCAGAGUCUGCUUGAGAAGGGUCAAGGUACUAUUUCUCAGCCUUCAGUGGUCAAAAACUACAUUCAGAGACAUACUUCAUGCCAUGGUCAUGAGAAAAGAAUGGCCUUAAGGAUGUGGACACGUGGCUCCAUGUCCUCCAUAAUACAGCACUACUCUGGCACUAGAGUGAGAAUAAAGAAAACAAACUCAAAGCCCUGUGAUAUAUCCCAGGAAGUCAUUCAGCACAUGCCUGUUUCAUGUACAGGGAGUCAGCUUCCUGCCCCAGCAAAGUCAGAGUCUUCCUUCAACGUAUUUUUUGCUAGGAGAGAUUCUGUUCCAGUGGAAGAGAGUGAGAACUCACAGGGUGAUUCACAGACAAGGAUUUUUGAGUCCCAACACUCCCUCAAGCCAAGUUAUCUUCCCCAGGCCAAGUCUGACUUCUCAGAACAGUUCCAGCUUCUACAAGAUCUGCAGCUAAAAAUAGCAGCAAAACUGUUAAGGAGUCAAAUACCCCCCAACGUACCUCCACCUUUAGCUUCAGGUCUGGUUCUAAAAUACCCUAUCUGCCUACAGUGUGGCCGAUGUUCAGGAUUUAAUUGCUGCCAUAAAUUACAGGCCACUUUUGGAACUUACCUUCUUAUCUAUCCACAGCUUCACCUUGUAAGCACUCCUGAAGGCCAUGGAGAGAUCAGGUUGCAUCUUGGCUUUAGGUUGCAAACUGGGAAAAGACCCCAAGUCCCAAAGUAUCAUAGACGAGAUAGACCCAUCACACCAAGGAGCCUUAGAUCAACAUCACUAAGGAAAGCUAAAGGCUAUACUCAAGCUUCCAAGAGUCCUACUUCUACAAUAGAUUUCCAGUCUGGGUCUUCCCAGUGUCCUGCUCCUAUACAAGUCCACAUCAGGCGAAGGCAAGGUGGCAGCCCUGGCCUAGUAGAAAAGACAGAAAUUAGAGAGCCUGGACACUAUGAAUUUACUGAAGUUCACUCUCUAUCAGAGAGUGACUCUGAAAGCAAUCAGGAUGAAAAGUGGGCUCCUAAUUCCUCUAAGGAAUUACCAAGCCAGUUAAGAAGGAAGAUGAGUGGAGCGUCUCAGACAACUACUGCCUCUUUAAAAAGACAACCUAAGAAAUCCUCCCAACCAAAAUUCAUUCAACUCCUUUUUCAGGGCCUAAAGCAGGCAUUCCAAACAGCACACAGAAUUAUGGCUUUGGUUGGGCAGAAGCCUGAGGACAGGACAAGGCCAGACUAUUUCUGGUCAAGCAAAAACUACCUUCCAAAACAAAAAGCCAGAGACUAUUGCUUAUCAAGAGAUAUCAAAAGACACAGGAUGCCAACUCUCAAGCUAAGGCCAACAGACGCAACCAUUAAGGAGGAGAGCACAUUGUGGGGAGAAACAGACCAAUUCAGAUCAGCUCAACAACCAACAGGAAAUAGCUCUUUCCAACCCAGACCUAUACAACUGCCCAAGCCCAUAGUUUCCCAAAGAAGUACCACUCUCAAAAACACCUCAAGCAGCCAGCCUUUGGGUCCUGCUCAAAAUGAGAGUAAUAGCAGAGCUAAGAAAAACUUUAACAGAAAUGAAAUCUCUAGCCAGGAGUCCAAGAACUCCAAACCAGGAACCAGAGUUCACGCUGGAGGGAGACUCUUACAUGGUUCCCCUAUGAAGAGAACCUCACACAGUCACCUUAAAGAAAAGUCCACACACAAGGAACGAAACCACCACAGCUUCUGUAGGGAAAGAACCCCAUGGAAUUCUUCUGGAAGGAGCCAAUAUAGUCCCUCUGAGAGGGGCCACCGAAGUGCCUCUGAGAGGAGCCAUCGCAGUCCCUCUGAGAGGAGCCACCGCAGGGCCUCUGAGAGGAGAGGACACAGCGCUUCUGAGAGGAGCCACCAAAGUCCCCUCAAGGAAAGACUCAAGCACAGCUCACCUACGGAGAGGCCCAGAUAUAGUUUGGGUAAAGAUUUCAGGAGUAACUCAAACAUGUCUCCUAGAGACCACACCAAAAAACCCCAAAGGAGGGCAAGUUUGGAGGCCUGA